CUGACAAGAUGCUUCCUGCACACUCACCACACAGAUGCAGCAAAGAACUCAGAUCUUAAAUCUCACACAGGAAAUUAAUGGUCAACAGCCCUGGCCCUCUUUCCACACCUAAAGGUUUAAAAGUGUGAGGCACAAACAGGUGACAAUUGACAACAGGUCAGAACCUCUGAAGAUGUUCCUGCUCCUGAGCAUCCUGGUGGCUGUCCUGCCAGUCAGCACUGAAGGAGGAGAAAUAAUGUGGGGUACAGAGGCCAAACCCCACUCCCAUCCCUACAUGGCAUUCUUAAGGAUUUAUAGAAACGAAUCGGGUAAAAUUCGAUGUGGUGGUUUCCUGGUGGCAAAAGACAUAGUAAUGACAGCAGCUCACUGUUAUGCAAGGAAUAUAAGUGUAAUCUUGGGUGCUCAUGAUAUCAAGAAACUGAAAAACACCCAGAUCCUCACUGUCCUUAAUGCCACCAAGCACGAGAACUAUAAUAGUAAAACAAAGGCCAAUGACAUCAUGCUACUCAAGCUGGAACGCCAAGCUCAACUCAGUAAAGCUGUGAACAUCAUUGACCUUCCGAAGAGCCAGGAUUUGGUGAAACCUAAGCAGGUGUGCACAGUAGCAGGCUGGGGAGACCUGGCCAAUUGUACUCUGCCUAACAAACUUCAGGAAGUCAAGCUAGAAGUCCAAGAAAGUGAUGUUUGCCGAAAACUGUCCCAAAGCUACAACAAUUCCAUCCAGCUCUGUGUGGGAAAUCCCAAGGAGAAGAAGGCUACUGGUAAGGGAGAUUCUGGGGGACCAUUUGUGUGUAAUGGUGUGGCCCAGGGCAUUGUCAGUCAUCAACUUUGUACCAAGAAACCUCCACGGGUUUUCACCAGAAUCUCAAGCUUUAUACCUUGGAUUAAGAAAAAAAUGAAACUCCUUCAACAACCAUAGAAGACAAGCCCUGUGCCGGGGACAGUGUCCAACAUCCUGGGAUACAGCUAUCUGAAACUUAAUAAAGAGAUCUAUCUGCAUAAAA